UGUUGGUUUGUUUACGUCUGAGGCUGUGGAUAGUUCAGUGUCUGUUUGAAAAUGUUAAUAAAUGCUGUAAAUUCAUUUGUAGUAGUUACACAGCUGGGAUUAUUCUCAUCCAUGGACACUUCUAGAUCUUCUGAGUCUAACAGCUACAGGUCCCACUCUGCAGAAAAAGUUUUCCUCUUCACUCUUCAGGAGAACAGUGACUUCAGGAACAGCAGCAGUUUCUCUGAGGACACGCAGUAUGACUUCUGGUUGGCCAAUCAAAUGCAGUCUUGUCUCUGAAGAGUGAAGAAAAGAUCAUAGCUCUUUUCAUUUCACACGACAAGUUGAACACGAUGACAUCUCCAGUGUUUGCUCUCUAUCUCACAUGUCUGUUUUUGGGGAAAACAGCUCAGACAACUGCUCUGAAUUUCUCCUCAUCUGUUCGUCAAGACAGUAGUUUUAUAUCAGCUAAUGUUGGUGACAGCAUAUCUUUGAGAUGUUCCUAUGAAGGUGAUGUUGUGACAAGGCUUUACUGGUAUAAACAAACUCUGGGACAGAGACCAAGGAUCAUCUCCACUUUCUAUACGUUUGACAGAAAUGGCACUUUUUAUAAUGAAUUCAACAACAAUCCUCGCUUCACACUGGAUACUGAAAACAGUAAAAAUUACUUGAAGAUCACAGAUUUGCACAUUUCAGACUCAGCGACUUACUACUGCGUUAGUAGCUAUUUAUACACGUUAGAAUUUUCAGAGAACAUUAUUGUCAGUGUAAAGGGUUCAGGUUUGAACAUCCAAGCUUUGGUCUAUCCGUCGGCAUCUGAGAGCAUCCAGCCAGGAGGCUCUGUGACUCUGAACUGUACAGUACACGCUGGGACCUGUGAUGAUGGAGAACACAGUGUUUACUGGUUCAAAAACUCUCACGAAUCUCAACCAGGAGUCAUUUACACACGUGGAGGCAGGAAUGAUCAGUGUGAGAGGAAUAACAACACACAAACACACACCUGUGUGUACAACUUGCCAAUGAAGAGUCUGGAUCUUUCUCAUGCUGGGACCUACUACUGUGCUGUCACCUCAUGUGGACAGAUACUGUUUGGAAACGGGACCAAGCUGGACGUUGGCUACUCUCCUGUCUUGGUGUAUUUCUUGAGUGGAGCUUUGGCGUUCACCACCAUCCUCAGUGUUUUACUGGCUUUCUCAGUGUGCAUGAUGAACAUGAUCAACAGCUUCCAAUCUGCAGAGUCUCAAGCAAGAAUUUCAGCUCCCCUGACAGUCAAUGCAAAGGGUUACAAAGACACAGACAACCUGUAUUAUGAUGCUUCAAGUGUGAAUCUGACCAACAGACGAAGAAGACAGAAGAACCAAACCUUGAGUGAAUGUGUGUACUACAGCGUAAAGUAGUAGAACUGGACAUGUUUCAUUUGUACUUUGUGCAUAAGACAUUAUGUUGUAGAAUCUCUUUGAAGGUGUAACAUGGAUUUAGUUGAAAGUUUGAGAGAAAUAUGUUUUAUAGUUUCUUAAUUCUCUUGCUAUGCUGUAGUAUUUUUAGGAUACUCUACUUUUUGUCUUAGUAGUCUUUAGUAGAAUAUCUGCACAGCUUUGUUUCUUGCAAAUGCACUGUGUAUGUCAUGUUAUUUUUAGUACAUACUGUAUGAAUAUAAAGAUUUUUGUGUCUUAACCAGUAAAUCAUUUGAUCUAUACUGUAGAAGGUACUUGUGGGUUUUUAGGAUAAAGAUUGUGUUGGACUUUUGUGUUUUAUCCACAUUGGUUUGUUUGUAUUGGUUUAGCAUGUAUGUGUUUUUGUACAUUUUAUAUUAAUAAUCAAAUAAACAUAAUCUAAAUUUGGAAGA